UAUUACGAUAGCAUACAAAAAGCUUUUGCCAGUGCGACGCGUCAACAGCGAUUCCAAAAUUUACCACUAUUAAUAUGCUUUGCUUGUGCAACUGAUAAUCAGGUGGGCAUGGGAACCACAAGGCGGGUUUCACUGAUAGAAUGUACAAGGCGUUUGUUUCCAAGGAAAGUUGCCACAUGGACGAGAAGAAGAAAGCCAUCAGUUUUGCCGAAGAUAGAAAAAACGGAGGGUCUUUCCCACGCGCUCAAAUUAAUCAAACACGGGGUCCCCCACAAACAAAGAACGAUAUAUUUGCCAGUCCAUCAGCGGGCGUGUAUGAUAUAGCGCGUGGAGUGUACAAUCAAUAUAUGCAUGCAGAAGGACAAUGGGGGUGAUGACGGAAGGGAAGGAAAAAUUUCGGUUUGGUGUUGCCGUUGGGGCAUUGCGUUGGAUGACUAAACCACGGUUUUCUCGGGGUUAGGUGGGUUUGACUGAGAAAUGCCGAAAACCAAAGCCAAGCUUUGGAAAGCCCAGCAGUCACCCUGCUGAGCCCAACACAAUUCAUUGGCAUUGAAAACGGCUACAGUAAACCAAAAACCACUUCUUGACAGUGCCAUCCUCUCCCACUACCCAGCACACACACACAUACUGUACCCGAGAAAAAAAUAAAUAAAAACACAAAAACCAAACAGAAAUUAAGUCAGUACCUCUCUCUCUCUCUCUCUCUCUCUCUCUCUCCUUGUCACACAUCUCUAUCAGCCGGACACACGGUAUACCAUGACAGAAGCUUCCGUUGUUUUCUCCUAAACGUUUCGGAUUUUGCUGGCUUUUGGGUUCGAGAAGUUGAAGGGGGGCUUUUAAUGGCGGAAAACGAUGGUUUUGACAGGGACCAUUUGGCUGUCACAGCGGGUACUAAUUUCUCUCAGUUGCUGUUUGCUGACGAUGAUUCUUCGGUCGUGGGUCUUGAUGUUAACCAGUCUUUCAACUUUGCUUCUUCCUCUGCUUUCUCUGCUGCUGAGAAACCACCCAAAAUGCUCUGUUUUGGAAACUACCAGUACAAUGAAGACCUGGUUUUUUCUGAUACUACAAGGACUUCUCAGAAAUCGGGUGUCACUUGCAGCGAUUCAUCGUCUACUUCGUCUAGCAACCGACUCAGCGUCAACACUUUGUCUAAACCCAACCAGAAAAAGAGAAAUGGGUGGGAUCAAGAAUCGGUUCAAUCUACAAGCGCCAUGACCACAUAUGUGAUGGCUAGUCAGAAAACCUCUAAAAGGACCAAAACGGAAAACCCAACAACGACCAUCCCUGCGAAGAGGAAGGAGAAGCUUGGAGAACGAAUUGCGGCAUUGCAGCAACUGGUUUCACCUUUUGGCAAGACUGAUACAGCAUCUGUGCUUCACGAAGCCAUGGGCUAUAUCAAAUUCCUCCAAGACCAAGUUCAGGUCUUGUGCUCGCCUUAUCUGCAACGGCUGGCUUCUUUACCUGAAAGUGAGGGCGGUGAAAAUGGUGAUGGAGGAAAAGCUAGGAAGGAGCUGAGGAGUAGAGGACUUUGCCUGGUCCCAGUGGAAUGCACAGUACAUGUGGCAAACGACAACGGUGCUGAUUUUUGGUCACCCGCUAUGUCCAAUGAUGUGGUUUCAUUAUCAACGAAGCAGUGACUGGAAAUUUUUCAAAACGUCACUUUUUGGGAAUACGGAUGAGGUUUCUUCCUGGAAGCUUGCUGAAUUUGGUACUUUCAUCUUAAAAUUACAGGACAUUUUAGGAGGAAAAAUAAAAGGACAAAGGAAGAAUCAGUUCAUAAAAUGGUAAAAGAGGGUUAAAAAAGGUGUUAUUUUUAAUAUGUUGGAGGACUAUUCCUUUAUAAAAUUGGGUUUGAAUUUUUGAUUAUUUAUAUUGAAAAUGAAAAAAAAAAAAAAAAAUGGAAACGGGGGGGUAUUUAGGCAUUUAUCUAACGUGUGUGGCAUCGAGAGGAAUGGGUUCAGCAUGGCAAACACCUGUAAAUUUUGUUAGGGAUUUAAAAAAAAAAAAAAAAAAAUCACCAAUGCGCUACGUUGAGAAAGCUUC